UGGGCACUGCGCCCCCCCCCCCCCGCGCCCCGCGGCCCCCCUGCCGCUGGGCCCGCCGCCACCAUGAAGAAGUUCUUCCAGGAGAUCAAGGCUGACAUCAAGUUCAAGAGCGCGGGGCCUGGUCAGAAGCUCACGGACUCCGUGGGGGAGAGGGCCCCCAGAGAGAAACCCAACCAGACUGCGCUCCGGCAGCCCCGCCAGGGACCCACCGAUGAGGCCCAGAUGGCGGCCGCCGCGGCCCUGGCCCGGCUGGAGCAGAAGCAGCCCAGGGCCCGGGGCCCCACGUCGCAGGAGUCCAUCCGGAACCAGGUGAGAAAGGAACUUCGAGCGGAAGCCACUGUCAGCGGGAGCCCGGAGGCCCCAGGGACCAACACGGUGCCCAAGCCCGAGGCGGGGGGCUCGCCCCACCUGGCCGUGCCCACCGUGUGCUUCACCUGCCCGCUCACGGGGGCCACGCUCAGGAAGGACCAGCGGGACGCCCACAUCAAGGAAGCCAUUCUCUCGGUGAGUGGCAGUCCUGUGACCCCCCCCACCCCCCGAGGUUCUGGUGCCAGUGCCGCGCCGGGAAGGCUGGGCGGCACCGAUCCUUGUGUGAGCGGCCUCGUGGUGGCUGCUCCGAGCCGUGGGCCCGAGGACACGUGCCCCGGCCCUGCCGCACCCCUAUCGCUUUGUGGGACGGUGCUCCGGGCUCACCGCCCCCUCGCCGCCCCCACCAGGUAUCUGGACAACAUCUGCCUGCACCCCGAGGAGGAGAAGUACCGGAAGAUCAAGCUGCAGAACCGGGUGUUUCAGGAGCGAAUUAACUGUCUGGAAGGGACGCAGGAGUUUUUUGAGGCCAUCGGCUUCCAGAAGGCACUGCUUCCGGUUCCAGAUCAGGAGGGCCCCGAGGAGUUCUACGUGAUGAGCGAGGCGGCCCUGGCGCAGCCCCAGAGCCUGCAGAGGCACAAGGAGCAGCUGCUGGCGGCCGAGCCCGUGCGGGCGACGCUGGCCCGCCAGCGCCGCGUCUUCCAGCCCUCGCCCCUGGCCUCCCAGUUUGACCUGCCCGCGGACUUCUUCAACCUCACGGCGGAGGAGAUCAAGCGGGAGCAGAAGCUCCGGGCCGAGGCCGUGGAGCGGCUGAGUGUGCUGCGCACCAAGGCCAUGCGGGAGCGAGAGGGGCAGAGAGAGCUGCGCAGACACCCGUAUACGCUGCUGCGCGUGCGCCUCCCCGACGGCUGCCUCCUCCAGGGCACCUUCUACGCCCGGGAGCGGGUGGCCGCGCUGUACGCCUUCGUCCGGGAGGCCUUGGCGAGCGACUGGCUGCCGUUUGAGCUGCUGGCCUCGGGCGGGCAGAAGCUGUCGGAGGAGGAGAGCCCGGCCUUCAACGAGUGUGGGCUGGUGCCCUCUGCCCUCCUGACCUUCUCAUGGGACGCGGCCGUGCUGGAGGACGUCAAGGCUGCGGGCGCCGAACCGGACUCCUCUAUUCUGAAGCCUGAACUCCUGGCAGCCAUCGAGAAGCUCUCGUGAAAUAAAAUGAGGCUUGGCUUUA